ACCGCAAGCAAGCGCAAGCGCUCCGCAGACGAGCAGACCGAUCCACUCCUCACAGCACCAGCCAAGAAGCUCAAGACAUCAACGAAUAUUGCCCCAGUCUGCAACAAGAAGCCCUCUACAACCGCGACCAAGUCCCCGGGCUUCAGAUCCACGCUCAUCCCUCGCGGCCCCCGCAAAAAUGCCACUCUCGGCGUCAAAGACGAGUCCCUCCUCCGCAUGGUCUGCGAUUGCACGACCGGCAAAGUAACUCAGCUUCACUUCCGCAAGAUCCCACACUCCCUCAUCGACUGGAACAGCUACCACCACAUCAGCAAGAUCAACGCCUGGCGCAACCAAAUUUACGGGCGCGCCGGUCUAAAAGCCCGCUCCGUGAGCCUAUGGUACGAAGCCGAGGAACUCUGGUUCGAGCUUUACUUCCAGCUCUCCAUCGUCGAGGCGCGGAAGCGCGGGAUUAUGCUUCCGGGUAGCAGGCAGGUGCGCGAGGCGUUUAACAAGACGUUUGUGGGUAAGGUGAUCCAGGGCAGGGCGGACGAGGAUCUGCCGCCGAGGGUGCAGCGCGAGGGAAAUGCGUUUGCGUCGAAGUUUAAUCGUAUGUAUCCUUUGCUGAGGGCGAGGCUGAAUGGAUGCGUUAUGGGCAGGUCAGGGGAUGUGUUUGUACCGGUGAUUACGUUUGGGAUGAUGGAGAGUUAUAAGGUGAUGAAGAGGAAUUUGGCGGAGAGGGGGAUUGAGGCUGAGUCUGAGUAUGCGGAUGGGCUUCAGGAGUGGCAGUGGUUUCUGUCGAAUAUGCCAGAUGUUGAC